AGCCGGGCGGCCAUCUUGGAUCAUCCGGCACUCUUUUGCUGAAGGAGGGAGGGAAGGGAGGAAGGGAGGAAGGAGGGAGCUGGCUGGCUGGCUCAGAGGCGGGCAGCGGCCUUUCUUUUCUUUUUCUCCUUCUUCUUCCCUCUCGCACGGAUUGAAAUAUGGCAGCCUAGGCCCGGUGAGGCCUAGGAAAGGCGGAAGGGCGGACGGGAGCCUCCGAGGGACAAUCCUGGUGCUCAGCGAAGCAGGGCCAUUCUUCCUCCCUCCUCUUUCCCCCUCCUCCUUCCCUUUUUCCCUUUCCUUAGAGCACUGUAGGGCCUGCCUUUUCCCCUCCAGGGCUUCCCUGAGAGCUGCUUCCCUUGCCUUUCCCCCUCCACCUAGUCUCCCCUCUUUGCCUAAUCCCUCCUCCAUUCCCCUUUCCUCCCUCCUUGCCCUCCAUGAGAGCCCCUCUCCCCUUUAAUCCUCCUCCUCUUCCACCUUCCAAGGAGCCUAAUCUCCCUGUGGGAUGAUCCCCCAAGGCUCCUCCAUCAGGUUAGGCUAUAAAUGAGGCAGGGGGCUCCUCUUCGUGGAGGAGGAGGAGAAGGAGGCCCAGAAAUCAUCCCCCACAUCUCACUCCCUCUCACACUCUCUCCUCUUUUUUCCCCUUGAUGGUGGCAACUCCUAACCACUGUCAUGCUGUAAAACUAUUCUUUUCUUCCCUUGAUGGUGGCAACUCCUAAACACUGUCAUGCUGUAAAACUAUUCUUUUUUUGUUGUAAAUAUCUCUAUAUAUAUAUAUUUGGAGGAGGAGGGCGUUAGGGUUUUCUUCUCCCCCUUAUUUUUUUGAUAUAAUAAUAUUAAUAAUAUUCCUGGGUUUGGCCAUCGCAAACCGGGGCUUCAGCACAAGUGAAUGAAAAUGUCCACCAGAACUCCAUUGCCCACCGUGAAUGAGCGGGACACUGAAAAUGAUGCCGGAACUUCAGUAGGGGAAAGCUUUUGUGAAAAGCACACCUCUCAUGGUGAAGGACGGCAGGAAGUCUCCUCUCGAACUAGUCGCUCUGGGGCCCGCUGCAGAAAUUCUAUAGCUUCCUGCACAGACGAGCAACCUCAUAUUGGGAACUACCGACUUCUUAAAACAAUUGGAAAGGGGAAUUUUGCAAAAGUGAAGCUGGCAAGACACAUCCUUACUGGCAGAGAGGUUGCAAUCAAAAUUAUUGAUAAAACUCAACUGAAUCCAACUAGUCUACAGAAGCUUUUCAGGGAAGUAAGGAUAAUGAAGAUUUUAAAUCAUCCCAAUAUAGUUAAAUUAUUUGAAGUCAUUGAAACAGAAAAAACACUCUACUUAAUCAUGGAGUAUGCAAGUGGAGGGGAGGUGUUUGACUAUCUAGUUGCACAUGGAAGAAUGAAGGAAAAGGAGGCAAGAGCCAAAUUUAGACAAAUAGUAUCUGCAGUGCAGUAUUGCCACCAAAAGCAUAUUGUUCACAGAGAUCUCAAGGCUGAAAAUCUUUUGCUUGACGCAGAUAUGAACAUUAAAAUAGCCGAUUUUGGUUUUAGCAACGAGUUUACAGUUGGAAAUAAACUGGACACAUUUUGUGGCAGCCCUCCUUAUGCUGCUCCAGAGCUCUUCCAAGGCAAGAAGUAUGAUGGCCCUGAAGUAGAUGUUUGGAGUUUAGGUGUUAUUCUUUAUACUCUUGUGAGCGGAUCUUUGCCUUUCGAUGGGCAAAAUCUAAAGGAACUGAGAGAGAGAGUGCUGAGAGGAAAAUACAGGAUUCCUUUCUACAUGUCAACAGACUGUGAAAACCUGCUAAAACGUUUCCUGGUGCUAAACCCAACCAAAAGAGGCACUCUUGAGCAAAUCAUGAAGGACAGAUGGAUCAAUGCAGGGCAUGAGGAUGAUGAACUUAAACCAUUUGUUGAACCAGAGCUAGACAUCUCGGACCAGAAGAGAAUAGAUAUUAUGGUUGGAAUGGGAUAUUCCCAAGAAGAAAUACAGGAAUCUCUUAGUAAAAUGAAAUAUGAUGAAAUCACUGCUACGUAUUUGCUACUAGGAAGGAAAUCAUCAGAGUUGGAUGCAAGUGACUCAAGCUCUAGCAGCAAUCUUUCACUUGCUAAGGUCAGGCCAAGUAGUGACCUAAACAACAGCACUGGACAGUCUCCACACCACAAAGUACAGAGAAGUAUAUCUUCCAGCCAGAAGCAACGACGGUACAGUGACCAUGCUGGUCCAUCUAUCCCUCCAGCAGUGGCAUAUCCAAAAAGAAGUCAGACUAGCACUGCAGACAGUGACCUCAAAGAAGAAGGGACUCAAUCACGAAAAUCUAGCAGCAGUGCUGCUGGAGGAAGAGGAAUUGCGCCUGCUAGCCCCAUGCUUGGAAAUGCCAGCAAUCCAAAUAAGGCUGAUAUUCCUGACCGUAAAAGAAGCUCUGCUGCACCCACUCUCUUCUGUCGUUCCUGGAAAAUUGAUCAGUGGCUUGGGCCUAUCUCCACACUCUUUCUCUAUAAAGACAGAGGCAAAAAUAAUACUGCGCCUGGAGCAAUGACACGACGGAAUACAUAUGUCUGUAGUGAAAGAGCAACUACAGACAGACAUUCGGUCAUUCAAAAUGGCAAGGAGAGCAGCCUGACUGAAACGUUCGUUUAUGCAGCUAGCCCUGAUACGCUUUAUGCCACGUCCUCCACCUGUGUUCGGCUGCGACCUCAGAAGUCUAUGUCGAUGUCAGCCUCUAUGCAUGCGAAGAUGAUGUUACCUUCAUUAAUCAAUGGCACAGAUAACCUCAGGUCUAUCGCUAUUCCCGACCAGAGGACGCCAGUAGCUUCUACUCACAGUAUCAGUAGUGCAACGACGCCUGACCGCAUCCGCUUCCCAAGAGGAACUGCCAGCCGUAGCACUUUCCAUGGCCAACUUAGAGAACGGCGUACUGCCACUUACAAUGGACCCCCUGCAUCACCCAGUCUAUCGCAUGAAGCAACACCACUCUCACAGACACGAAGUAGGGGCUCCACUAACUUGUUCAGUAAAUUGACUUCAAAGCUUACAAGAAGAAACAUGUCAUUCAGGUUUAUCAAAAGGCUCCCGACUGAAUAUGAGAGGAACGGGAGAUAUGAGGGCUCAAGUCGUAACGUUUCUGUUGAUCAGAAGGAUGACAACAAAGAAGCCAAGCCCCGUUCACUACGAUUCACUUGGAGCAUGAAAACUACCAGCUCCAUGGAUCCAAACGACAUGAUGAGGGAAAUCCGUAAGGUCCUGGAUGCCAACAACUGUGAUUAUGAACAGAGGGAGCGCUUCUUGCUUUUCUGUGUCCAUGGGGACGGUCAUGCAGAAAACCUGGUGCAAUGGGAGAUGGAAGUGUGUAAGCUGCCAAGACUGUCGCUGAACGGAGUCCGCUUUAAACGGAUAUCGGGAACAUCCAUAGCAUUUAAAAACAUUGCUUCCAAAAUUGCCAACGAAUUAAAGCUGUAAUGAGAAGAGCAAUCAAGUUUGUAAAUUUAAAGUAGCAAUUUCAAGUGGGUUUUUUUUUUUUUUUGAGAACAUCAAUGAAAAUGUAUAGAAUAAUAUUUAGGGCAAUAACUUCUGCAUCUUCUGAAUCAUGAUAUUAAAGCAAACAAAACAGUUGAGACAAGCUGCUGAGCUGGGAAGGGAGAGUUGGACUUUUUUUUAUAAGUGCACUACAGCAUUAAAGUUGCCUACUAUGUAAAA